AAGUCAUACACGAAAUGGAGGAGGAUUCACGUGAGAAGGCAUUCCGAUUUGUCGCCUACUCGGCCGUCACAUUCUCACUGAUUGCCUUGGUCAGUGUAUUUGUGACGUUGCCACUUGUCAACAACUACAUCCACUCCGUACACCUUCGUGUCCACGAUGAGAUGCAAUUCUGCAAGCUCUCAGCCCGUGACGUGAUGUUGGAAAUGCACAACUUCCGUCAGACUCCAAACAAGAAUCUUCCAUUCUUCCUGCGUCGUUCUUCCAACGAGACGACACGUCUGAAGCGUGACGCCGCCGCUUGCCAGGGAUGCUGUCUGCCAGGUCUUCCUGGACCAGACGGACCACCAGGAAAGAACGGAGCUCCAGGACGGCCGGGAGCUCCAGGAGCACCUGGAUUCCCAGGACGCCCACCAGCAGUGUGUGAGGAGAUCACCGAGCCACCAUGCACACCAUGCCCACCAGGAGAGCCAGGACCACCAGGACCACCAGGAGAUGCUGGAAACCCGGGACAAUCGGGGCAUCCAGGAAGAAAUGGAAAUGAUGGAGGAGUUGGACCACAAGGACCACCAGGACCACCCGGAAACAACGGAGAAGGAGGAAGAGAUGGACCACGUGGAGAGCAAGGAAGACCAGCAAUCUCCACUCCAGCUCUGCCAGGAGAUCCAGGAGCACCAGGAGAACCGGGACCAUCUGGACUUCCAGGAGAUCAAGGACAAGCUGGCCGUCCAGGAUCCGACGGUGCGCCAGGACCACAAGGACCACCAGGUCCACCAGGCCAACAAGGUCAUCCAGGACAAGCCGGACCAGCUGGCCAACCAGGACAGCCAGGACCACAAGGAGAACGUGGAAUCUGUCCAAAGUAUUGCGCCUUGGACGGAGGUGUCUUCUUCGAGGACGGAACACGUCGUUAAGAUCGUUAAGAUCCGAUCACUCAUUAACUUAUCUCUUCGUGGUUUCCCACCCACGCCUCUUCUUUGCCUUCAGAGUUCGGGUAAAUCCGUGCUGUCUUUUCUCGUUUCUUUUCAACUGUAUUUGUACAUUUAUGAAGAAUUUGCAACUUCGUAUAUAAAAUCUAGUCGUUUAUAGAAUUUAAAAAAAUCAAUUAUUUUUCGGCUUGUUAUGGAGAGUUUCUGAAAAGUAUCAUAUGUAGGUAUUUUGAAACUUUACAAUAAAGAACUUACUAACG